UUACAAUGGAGCGUUUAGUUCCCGGUUGACGUUCGACGGUGCCGAAUCGGCUUUUCAUCGCCCAUCAUCUAUGAGUAGAACAUUUCCCCCAUCGCAAGUGAAUCUCUAGCUCGUGGCAAAGGGAAAUGCGGUGCGAAGUGAAAACCCCCGAAAGUGACCAUAAUGCCCAUGAAUAAUCCAGUGAAAAUGAAAGCAAAUCCCACGAUUCUGCUUGUAUCUUUACUCUUGGUCAUCCAACAAAGCUGCCAGGCCACGCAAAAGCCGCCGCUUGGCCAGCCGCUUAUACAAUUAAGUCACGACAACGCCGAUGAUGACUAUCCCGAAGUUAAGGACGAAAUACACUUGGAAGACUUUUUUUGGACUGGCUCGGGCGACGGCCCUCCGGAUUUCCUGAAGAAGGUGCACACGGGCAUUACCAAGGGCAAGGAUACGGUUUUCAAGACCGAAACCGUGGUGGCCACCAUCUAUGUGGAUGGAAAUAAUGAAAUCGACAUACCCAUUUGCCUGGACUGUAAGCCCGACGAUGGCGGCGGCACUUGGGAUAUGGGUGGUCCGGGAAUGCCUCCCCUGAACUACUCCGCCACGGAUCGAAGAUACUGGCUGCUGACGGUCAUGUCGGGCUUCUAUACCGCCAAGGAUAACCCCAGUUUGGAGGAGAAGCUGGCACGGCUCUACCGCCUGGCUUUUACCAGGCAGCAAACGCGUCAUCUGGGAAUAAAUGGAGCUCAGCAAAUGGGAGGGGCUAACCCUCCGGCGGCACCUCGAGACCGUAGGAAGUCCCUAACCCCGCCAACAAGACCUGAAACCACGACGGGAUCACCCGCAGAUGAUGUGGAAAUACUGGACAUGCAGGAGGACGAGGAGCACUACAUCAAGAAUGUGAGGAGACUGGGCGAAGACACCGAGUGGGCCAGCAACUCGGAGGAGGAGGACCAGCAGCAGCAGUCCGAGGAGCCCCCUCCGAUGGGGGUCACCACCUCGACCAGCACAGAGUCGAUGGAUUAUGGGGCAUACGUUACUCUGAUCCCCUGGGAGCUCAUACAGCAGAAUGGGAAAUCGGAAAAGUUGCGGGAAGUGCACGAAGCCUUGUUGACUAAGCAACCGCCGGUGCAGCAACAACAACAGCGGCAGCGGGGGAUGGAAAUGGGGAUGGAACCACCCCGAUCCCAGCCCCAGACCCAGUCGCUCUAUAGGGACGAGCACGUCAGAGUUGUCAUACACAACCUAACGCAAAUUAGCGAGGCGGAUGUGCAGAAGUGGAGCACCAACACCAACGGCUUCGGUGCCAUGGAGGAGCACAACUACGUCAACCUCAAAUUCAGCAAUGAUCGUCCCAUAGCCAACCAAACCGAGUUGAUAUACACGGUUUUGGUGAAUGGUCGACCUGUUUUGGCCACCACAGCAGCCAAGGACAUGGAGCUGGUCAGCGAAUUCGAGGCGGUCAAGACAUUUGGACAGGCUGUCUACAUGAAAUCAGAGCCCUACAUAAGGGAGCCCACAGCCACUGCUUUGGCACCCGUUCCUCGGAGUGGACAGGCUGGGUUCUUCAACUCGGUGAAAAACAAUGUGGCUUUGGUGGUCAUUAGCUCCUUGGCCAUUCUCCUGCUGAUGUUGCUCCUUGUGGCAGUCUUACUUCUGGGAAGAACGCGUUCCCGGCAAAGGGAACUAAGUGCAGUCAACAGAAACUCCUCCCGCAACGAACUUCUCUCCGAGGGUCAAUCCAUGCGACCCACGACCAGUGAGAGGGCCGAAGGAGAACCCAGUCCAGGACACUCGCACUCCAGGGAGUCGGCGGGUGUGCGUAACUUCUCCUACGAACGGGAGCCUCGCAUCAGCUUUCCAGCUCCGCCGCAGGAGACCCAAGCCCGAUCCCGUCGCGAUUCCAUAUCCUCCUCCACGGACAACACUUCCGACUCGUCGGUCUACUGCCCCAUCAAUCCGCCGAGUGCCGAUGUCCAAAGGAUUCUGGACGACAAGGCAGCCCGUUUGUUUGAUGCCCAUAAGAGGCGUCAUCAGUACGAUCGAGCCGAGGGCCACGAGGAAACGGUCUACACAUCGGUGGUGUCCGAGAAGAAGGGCGACAAGAUGCGGCACAAAUCAAGGAGGCGCUAUCUGAACGAGAACCGCGUGGGUUCCCUGGAGACGAGUCCUGUCCAGGGGUCCCUGGCUGGACACUCCUCCGCGGAGGAUUCCCCGGAGGUCAUGCGUCGGAGUUACGAGAACUUUCAGAGGAACGAGGCCUUCAACCCCCACAACAACUACCAUCGGAACAAGUUGCUGACCCAGAAAACCGGGCGAGGCGUUUCCGCCGAGGCCAUUAACAAGGAGAUGAUGAGGAAUCUGCAACCGUCUGACAAGUCCGACACGGCCAGUGUGGGAUCCUUCCUGUCGAUGGCUUCUGUGAGGGCGUUCCCCAAGAGUACUCACCCGGAACCGCUUAACCGAGUGCUCGAUCCCGUCUUCGUCACCUACUACGACAACGUGAAUGCAGUGGCACCGCACAACUCCACGAGAUCCCUGAGGUCCCACAAGUCGCAGGGCAGCAAGGACACCACCAUAGCCACCAUCGCCAGCUUUCCCAGCCCCAAGGCACCGCCGUCGUCCGUUAGGAACGUGCGUUCCGCCUCGCACAGCGACAAUCCGGAUCCGGGCGUGGUGGGUCCCGUGGUCUGGGAGCGGCACAAGAAGAAGCAGUCGCAGGGUGAGCCGGGAGGAGAAACCCCAAAGAAUAAAACUAACCGUAACAGUAAUAAUAAUAACGAUGACGACGAGGACGAGGACGAGGACGAUGACAAUGGCGACGUUCGAUUUGGGGCCAAGUCGCAGGCCCUCGACUAUGCGGACUACAAUCCCAGUCCGCUGCACAAUCCGUCGGCGAUUCGAAAUCACUACGAGGGGCUCUUGGAGGGAGCCCUGCAGAUGUACUCCAGCCAAGACGACAUACCCAUGCCCUUGCCCACCCAGAAUUUCACGAACAACAGGAGGGCUACGAAGAGGGAGCACAGGGGCUCGUCGGCGGGGUUGCCCAGCUUUCAUCCUUCGGGAGGGCCCCAAACCAUUGCUGAACGCCCGGCAACAGCCCAGCCGGAGAAGACCUCCAAGUCGGCGCACUCCACGCAACCACCAUCCCCGACUUAUAGUGCCUGGGGAGGGGGCAGCAUGUAUAGCUCCCAUUCCACCCUAAACCGACCCGUGAGUGCUGGUCCCACUCAGAGGAGGGAGAACAGAUUGGAUCCGUCCAAUCCCACUGGAGGCUCUUCGGGAACUGCGCCCCUUAUCGAGGCCAUACAAUCCGAGCUGCGCAAGUUCAAGCAACAGCACGAGUAGAUCCCGUACUUAAUGAUCUUAACUUUGUCAUGGCAUAUGUGUACCAAAAAUGUUUGCAAUUCAUGUAGAAUAAACUUUUCUUAAUACUCGGAA